AUGCGGUGGCGGCUGCCGGGCGCCCGUUCGACACUCCCCGCCAGUGUCGCACUCCUCCUUCUCCCAGCUCUGGUGGCUCCGCAGCAGCAUCCAGAUGCCUCUGACUUCCCCUCCCGUGUCUCGGUGCCAGUAGCACACGAGUCAUCAACACAACGUGCAGCCCAUGUGGCCGCACCACACAUCGUGAAACCCAACGAUGCGAGCGCCCUUGCGACUCUGGCUCUGGCAGGCUCCGGCCGCGCCGUUCGAGCCCCUCCUGUCCAGGCCAGCAGUACCUCUGCCGGUCUGGCUUCGCAGCUUCACGCGCGGUCCCUCGAGGACUGGGAGGUUGAGGAUUUUGUGCUGCUGGCGACCGUCGACGGAACUAUUCACGCCCGUGAUCGCAAGACCGGAGCUGCCCGAUGGGCCCUUGAGGUCCCGAGUAGCCCUGUGGUCGAGAGCAUCUAUCAUCGAGCGAACCGUUCCAGCUUUGAUGAUACAGAGCCCGAAGACGACUUUUUGUGGAUCGUCGAACCGAGCCAGGAUGGCAGCCUUUACAUCUACAGCCCCGCCCCCGACGCCGGAUUGCAAAAACUCGGCUUGACUGUCAAGCAGCUUGUUGACGAAACACCCUAUUCCGGCACCGAUCCCGCCGUGACAUACACUGCUCGGAAGGAGACCACAUUGUACACGAUUGAUGCCCGGACCGGUAGUAUUCUGCGGGUGUUUAGUUCGCGAGGCCCGGUCACUGCCGGUUCUGAAUGUCGCAAGGUGAACGGGGAGGAUUCGGAUUCUGAGGAGUGCGAGUCGACCUCUGGCACAUUGGUCCUCGGGCGUAUUGAAUAUGCUGUCGCAAUACAGAAUACGGAGACUGGUGAUCCAAUUUGCACAUUGAAAUACUCGGAGUGGGCACCCAAUAACCGUGAUAUGGAUCUCCAGAGCCAGUACUACCGCACAAUGGACCAGAGCCACAUCUACAGUAUGCACGACGGAGUCGUGCUAGGGUUUGACCAUUCGCGCAUGGAUAGACCCAGGUACACUCAACGCUUUUCGUCUCCCGUGGCACGCGUUUUCGAUGUGGUGCGUCCUGCCAACAAGGAUGGCCCAAACACCUCGACCCCGCUGGUGCUAUUGUCACAACCUCUCCAGCCACCGGACCCAGAUUACGGACCAAUGGGUGAUGAACGUGACAUGCGUGUCUUUAUAGAUUGUACCGAUGCAGGAGGGUGGUAUGCGUUUUCGGAGGAAACUUAUCCCUUGGCCACGGGUCGCGCCCCCAUGGCCCAAUGUUAUGAUAAAGAUUUCCUCCGCCGCGGACAAGCGCUGAUGAGCCUGAACGCGCAUCAGCAGCGAAAUGCGCUGGCGGGUGUUCACUCCCUCACAGGCCCUCGGAUCAUUCGAUCACCUAUUCCCAGAAUCGCCGGGCCGUCUAGUUCCGGACUCUCCAACGACACUCCCCGCGACAUUCUUCGAAGUCCAUCUGAGCUGGCUCUACCCCCGGCUCUUCGGAAUAGCGCCAUCAUCCGCAAAAGCUGGGAUAAUGCAUUGGAUAUCGUGGUGACUCUGAUAUUGUUGUUCAUCGGCACCUUCAUCUACUUCAACUCGCACCAUCUUCGCGAUUUGGCCAAGCAGAAAUUGGACAUCAAGAAUAUCAUCAACACCAAUGAUAAGCAUUCACUGUCAACUCCUUCCACUCCUCUCGUCGGCGGUGCCCCGGAUAUCAAGCGUUCUUCCACGCCAACCCAACAAGUCCCCAAUGUGACUGUCGAUCUGGACUUGGAUGAACCGGACACUCCUCGUCCCUCUCGGGGCCACGAAGUAGAGUCCACCGCGCGGGUGCAGAUUCGCGAGCCAUCGCGGAGUCCCGAUGACCUGGACGCAGAUGAGGCUGAUAAGCCGAAGAAAAAGCGCGCUCGUGGAACCCGAGGAGGGAAGGCCCAUCGCCGCCGCAAGAAGCCCGAAGGUGAUAGCCCUGAGAUGGCAGAUCAGGUCGUGGAGCAGGUCAACCAUCUAUCUCCCCAACCUCGACUUGAGCCUGAUGUCCAAAUGACCCGCACGGUGUCGAAUGAGAUCAUGGAGAUGGAUGGCGUCAUUCGUAUUGGUCGGCUCCAGGUGUUCACUGAUGUGGUUUUGGGACAUGGUAGCCAUGGAACCGUUGUCUACCGCGGCUCGUUCGAUGGGCGAGACGUAGCGGUCAAGCGCAUGCUGAUGGAAUUCUAUGACAUUGCAUCCCAUGAGGUGGGCUUACUGCAGGAGAGUGAUGAUCACCAUAAUGUCAUCCGAUACUUCUGCCGUGAGCAAGCAACUGGAUUCCUGUACAUUGGUCUCGAGCUUUGUCCAGCAUCUCUGCAGGAUGUGAUCGAGCGUCCCGUUAGCUAUCCGGAACUGAUCCAAAAUGGAUUGGACUUGCCUGAUAUGCUGCGCCAGAUCACACAAGGUGUUCGUUACUUGCACUCCCUGAAGAUUGUUCAUCGUGACCUCAAGCCGCAGAACAUUCUCGUGGCUAUGCCACGUGCCCGCGCUGUUUCACGAUCACUGCGGCUCCUGAUCUCCGAUUUUGGUUUGUGCAAGAAACUGGAAGACAAUCAAAGCUCCUUCCGUGCUACUACAGCCCAUGCCGCUGGAACUUCUGGCUGGCGUGCCCCAGAACUCCUAGUGGAUGACGAUGGUCCGCUAUCGCUCGCAUCGCAACACACCGAAUCCUCGGAACCUGCCGUGGUGGACCCACAGACAAACCGUCGCGCCACCAGGGCCAUCGACAUCUUCUCUCUUGGUUGUGUGUUCUACUACGUCUUGACCCGCGGUAGCCACCCAUUCGACAAGAAUGGCAAGUUCAUGCGCGAAGCAAACAUCGUCAAGGGACACUUCGACCUGGAAGAACUGAACCAGCUAGGCGAUUACGCUUUCGAAGCGGACGAUCUCAUCCGGUCAAUGUUGGCUUUGGACCCCCGACAACGCCCCGACGCAAGCGCUGUCCUGAUGCACCCAUUCUUCUGGCCCCCAUCAGACCGCCUCAGUUUCCUUUGUGACGUCUCCGACCACUUCGAAUUCGAGCCCCGUGACCCUCCAUCAGACGCCCUACUUUGUCUGGAAUCAACGGCCAGGCGUGUAAUGGGCCCUGAAAUGGAUUUCUUGCGCGCACUGCCGCGAGACUUCAAAGAUAACCUCGGUAAGCAGCGCAAGUACACGGGAUCACGGAUGUUGGAUCUCCUCCGGGCUCUCCGCAACAAGCGCAAUCACUACAAUGAUAUGCCUGAUCAUCUCAAGGAGAAUAUUGGUGGCUUGCCUGAGGGAUAUCUCAAUUUCUGGACCUACCGCUUCCCCAGCUUGUUGAUGAGCUGCCAUGGUGUUAUUGUUGAGCUUGACUUGACUCGCAUUGAUCGGUUUAGGAGGUACUUUGUGCCACCGGAGUAG